AACACAAGAGGCAGGUUAUCCGCCGUGCCGUCACAUGGACACGCCCACAAACACCGUAACUCGGCGGCAAAGUUGGCUGCUCUGCAUUGCAAGCAAUUUUUGCCCUUAUUAAAUAUGGCCGGCGCCGGUGGACUGACGUAGGAGACAUUUCUUUGAAAUCACCGGGGAGGGAAAACGUAGUUGAGCGGAAUGGAGUCUGUACCAGCGAAGAGGAAAGCCGAUGGCACGAAAUUGCUUUUGGGGCGACAAGGACAUAAUCGGAACCUUGUGGAAGGAAGCAUCACGAGGAUCAAGAUGGAGAACUUUUUGACAUAUGACCAUUGUGAGGUGUUUCCAGGGCCACACUUAAACAUGAUUGUUGGUGCUAAUGGAACAGGAAAGUCUAGUAUUGUUUGUGCCAUAUGUCUUGGACUAGCUGGCAAAACAGCAUUUAUUGGUCGUGCAGACAAGGUUGGAUUUUACGUGAAGCGGGGCUGCCAAAAAGGAUUUGUUGAACUGGAACUGUACAAAGCAUCUGGAAAUGUGACCAUAAAACGUGAGAUUCAAGUUGCAAACAACCAGUCUGUGUGGUAUAUUAACCAUAAAAAUGCAACACUGAAAAUGGUUGAGGAGCAGGUAGCAGCUCUGAACAUUCAAGUUGGAAACCUUUGUCAAUUCCUACCACAGGACAAAGUUGGGGAAUUUGCUAAGUUAUCUAAAAUUGAACUUCUGGAAGCAACUGAAAAAUCUGUUGGUACUCCAGAAAUGUACAAAUUUCACUGUGAAUUGAAGAACUGUAGAGAAAAAGAAAAGGAACUCGAGAGUGCUUGCAAAAGUAAAGCAGAGUUUUUGGAAAAAUUAAACCAAAGGAAUGAACGUAACAAACAAGAAGUUGAGAGGUACUACCAGCAAAAGCGCCACCAAGAUAAAAUUGACAUGUUGGAGAGAAAGCGACCCUGGGUGGAAUAUGAAAAUGUGCGUCAGCAGUAUGAGGAGGUAAAAAAAAGAUGUAACAAUAUAAAGGACGAGCUAAAGAAAUUACAAGAAUUACAAGCGCCACUCAAUCAAAAAAUCCAGCAAAUCGAAAAGAGACAGAGAGCCAUAGAUGAAAAGAUUAAAAAUAAAGCAGUUGAGAUAAAGGAAACCUCUAGGAACUGUAAGCAAAAACAGGACGAGCUGGAACAAAAAGACAAGAAGAUUGAGGAAGUUCAGCAGGCACUAAGAAUGAAAAGAGAUGAAGAGCAGGACAGACAGAAGAAGAUUGGUAACAUUCGGAAAAUGAUAGAAGAUUGGAAGAAGGAGCUCGGCACUAUGACAAACCAAGAAAACCUUCAGCCAGAAAUGGAUUCUAUUACCACUGACUUGCGACACAUCCAGAAUGAGAAAGCAAAUAUUGAAAGUGAAAUGAGUGACCUGAGAAUGGAGAGGGAUAUUCAGGAGAGAGAAAAAAAAGAUAAGGCUAAUAGAAUUAAGCAGUUUGACAACUUAAUGAAUUUCAAAGAAGAAAAACUAAAGAGAAUGUUUACAGAUACUUAUAAUGCUGUUGUGUGGUUAAAAGAAAAUAAAGAUCGCUUUAAGAAGCGUGUUUGCCAACCAAUGAUGCUGGAAAUUAAUAUGAGAGACCAAUACCAUGCAAAAUAUGUUGAAAAUCAUAUUUCCAUGAAUGAUAUGAAGGCUUUUGUUUUUGAAAGCAAAGAGGAUAUGGAAGUGUUUCUAAGAGAAGUCCGUGAUAAGCAGAAACUGAGAGUAAACACUGUAUGCUCACCCGAAGAACCUUAUGCAACGCGAAGGCCUACAAGACCUAUUUCUGAUCUACAGCAGUAUGGAUUUUUUUCUUACCUGAGAGAAUUAUUUGAUGCUCCUGAUCCAGUGAUGAACUACCUAUGCUACCAGUAUAAUGUACAUGAUGUCCCUGUUGGAACAGAGCAAACCAGAUCUAUGAUUGAAAAAGUAAUUCAAGAAACCAAACUUCGUCAUAUGUACACAGCAGAGGAAAAGUACACCACAAAAACAUCUGUUUAUAGCCAGAAACUUAUUUCAAGUAAUGUGUCAUUAAAAGGAGCCCAGUUCUUAACUGUCACAGUUGAUGCAGAAGAAAGGCGGCAGGUAGAAGAGCAGCUAAAGGAAAUUCAAAGAAAAUGUUCCAGUCUAGAUGCUUCAAUGGGGCAGCUAACUGAGAGACAAAGGUUACUGGACAGAAGAGACAAUGAAUUGAGAAUGAGGAAAAAAGAGAUUUCUGAUAUGAAAAUAAAAAAGAAACAACUGGAACAAAGAAUUUCUACAAAAUAUGACAGUUUAAAGCAACUGGAACAAGAUAAUCUUAAUGUAGAGGAAGUUGAACAACAAGCAGAAAACAAGAUCAAAAAUAUCAACGUACAAAAAGCAAAACUUGUAAAAGACCUUCUGCUUUUGAUGAAGAAAUGUACAUUACUAAGUAUAGAAAAAGUGGAGUUGGCCUUGCAAAGCACUACUGUAUCAUCUGAGAAGAACAAAAUUGAGUCAGAUUACAAGAAUGCCACAUCACAGUUAAGAGAAUUAAAGAACCAAUUUGACGGUAUUGAUGCCAAGAAGUGUAUGUUAUUGGAAAACUGUAAAGGACUCUUGAAAAAAGCAAGGCAGGCUUGUAACCUGGGUCAGAAUCAAGAAGUGCCCCAAGAUUUUCAGACUACUUCCAGAUUGGAAUACUCACAUUUAUUAGAAAUUCUUGAUCGAAUUAUGAAUAAUGAUGGCAGUAAGGCCUUCCAAGCACUCCCCGAUUCAUUGGAUGAGAUAGAUGCUAUGCUAAAUGAAGAAAGAACUAGGGCCUCAUGCUUCACAGGCUUAACUGCUUCAGUUGUAGAAGAUUACAACAAACGAACAAAAGAAAUAAAAGAAGUGACUGCUGAACUUGACAGAAAAAAACUCGAGUUGGAGAAUUACAGGCAAAAUAUCUCACAGGUGAAGGAAAAGUGGCUCAAUCCUUUAAGACAACUAGUAGAAAAAAUAAAUGACCAAUUUAGCAGUUUUUUUAGUUCAAUGCAAUGCGUAGGUGAGGUGGAUCUCCACACAGAAAAUGAGGAGGAUUAUGAUAAGUAUGGAAUCCGAAUUCGUGUGAAGUUUCGAAGUAGCACACAACUGCAUGAACUAACUCCGCAUCAUCAGAGUGGAGGAGAACGCAGUGUUUCUACAAUGCUUUAUCUAAUGGCCCUUCAAGAGCUUAACAGAUGCCCAUUCAGAGUCGUAGAUGAAAUAAAUCAGGGAAUGGACCCAGUAAAUGAAAGAAGAGUUUUUGAAAUGGUUGUUAAGACAGCUUGCAAAGAAAACACUUCUCAAUAUUUCUUCAUUACACCAAAGCUGCUCCAGAAUCUUACCUAUGCAGAAAAAAUGACUGUAUUGUUUGUUUAUAAUGGACCAUACAUGCUGGAACCCACAAAAUGGAAUUUGAAAGCAUUCCAUAGAAGGCGGAGACGAGUUGCAGCGGUGGAUCAAUAAGUGUGCUGUUUCAUUUUAGUUUUCUUUUAAAGCACAAGAUGGCUUUGUGCAAUGACCAUGUGCCAAAUGUGUAUCCUGCAAAUGCUAAAUAGCAAAAAAACAUUCUUUCUCUGGCUUUCUACUUAUAAAAUAUAUUUAUGCCUGUCAUCUUGUAUAUUUUCUUGUAAUUUAGAACUACAGAACAUUUAUAAUAUAGCAUUGUUAACUUUUUUUUUUUUUUUUUUUACUUUUAGUACAGUGGUUUCCAAACUCUGGUACUGAUGCUCUUUCGGUACCUGAGGCAGCAGGGCCCAGACUUAAGGUGCAGAUAUUUGAGAGAUAUGCCUAUGUAAUCUUCAGAAUACUGCUGAAAGCUUAGUAUGGAGUUCGAAGAGUGGUUUUUCGGGGGAACAUAUAUACAUAUAUAUUGGUGUAUGACAUAGCAGUGUAACUUGCUAUGACCACACAAGGUUCAAACUCCAUGGCGUGCUUGAACUGAAAGUCUGGCAGCUACAGAAUAAGCAUAAUGCCCAUUUUUUCCCCUUUAAUGAAGUUGAACAACUUAAAGAAGGAAAGGUACAAUCACUAGGGGGUGCCAAAAUGUUAGGCUUCCCCAAAAGAUUGUAAUUAGGGAUGCAUUUAAUCUGAAAAAUUGUAACUUUUGCCACAUUAACGCGGAAGUUGAACAUUUUUCAUCAUGCGGUUCUUUUUGUGCCUCUGGUACCUCAGUUUGUAUACGCAAAUUAGGAUUUGGUUCAGUAUUCAGCCAAAUCUUUCACAAAGGAUUCAGGGUUUGGCUGAAUCCCAAAAUAGUGGAUUCGGUGUAACCCUAAUUGUUAUCACUUACCUGAUACCCUGGGUCAGUGCUCCUAUUAGCAGGAAACUACACCGGCCUGGGGUUCCUACAAGCAAGUGAUCCUCUUCCUUCUACACGCCACAUGUGCAGUAGAGUGAAAAGUUGAAGUUUAACAUAAAAGCUGUCUUUUUUUUUUUUUUUUUUUUUACUCUACUGCGCAUGCGUCAGCUCCGGGAUAGCAAACAAAGAAGGUAGAUGGAAGAGGAUCCCUUGUGCGCAGGUACCCCGGGCCAGUUCUGUGUUUUGCUUUCAAGGAGCACCAGCCUGGGGUGCCAGGAAAAUACCCCCACCCCCAUUAUUGCACCGUACCUUUUUCUUUGAAGAUAUGUUGUUAAAUUCCCUAAUAUAUGUAUAUUUGGAAAACUUUAGCUUUAGAUUUCUUUCUUGAACUGAUUUUUUUUUUUUUUUUUGUAUCUUAAAAAUAGUUUUCAAUAUAUUAAAAUGUGAUAAUUUGCAAAUAUUAAAAUAGAAUUACUCGCUGUU